GGCUUUGAAUAAAGAGGCGGUCAACAUGUUGGAAUGCGGUUCACUAAGGAUGUACACCUGUGAUAUGAUGUGGCUUUGUUUUUUCUGAAACGAAGCGACGGUGGUGGUGGUGGUGGUAUUAUUAUUAUUAUUAUUAUUAUUAUUAUUAUCGUCUCCCCUACACCUUCAAGUAUGCUUUCCAGAAACAAGAGUAAAAUUGAACACGCUUCAGUUCCACCCGUGCUGCACGGAAAAUCUGGGAAGAAGGAAACUCCACCCCUUUUGCGACGUAUGCUAUCCCGAAAGAAGAGUAAAAACGAAGCUUCGAAACCAGCCGAGGUGCACGGAAAGUAUGUGAAGAAGGAAACCUCACCACUCUUGAGAAAUUUGAUGCCCUCGUUCAUUCGGCAUGGGCCGACCAUUCCAAGACGGACCGACGUCUGUCUGCCGGACUCUGCACCCGCGGGUUACUCCGCGGCAGCGGUGCCGGCAGUGGUGCCCGGUAGCGAGGCCGUCGUUUCCCGGAACCAGAGUUUCCUGCGGCCGCCAGUGCAGCGGCAGCCCCGUGAGAUUGCGCGGCGGGAGAGCAACCGCCUCUCUGCGCCCGCCUACAUUUCACGCAGCCUGGCUGACAUUCCCCGGGAGUAUGGCAGCUCACAGCCCUUCCUGCCCGAGGUGAACCCCAUGGCAGAGAACGGAGACGCUAGCAGCAGCGGCGGCCGCUAUUACUACCCCCCGGACCCGUACUACGAGGGCCAGCGGCGGCGGAACGUACCCGACCGCGUGCACGAGGACUAUCACUACUACGAGCACAGUAACGAUCACUUCCAAAGGGGGCCGGCGCAAGGAAGGCAUCCUAAUGCCAUUGGAAGAAUCCAGGCAAAGUCUCUGGGGAACCUGACCAGUCCAGGCGGAGAUGACCUGCCUCUGCCCCCCGGCUGGACGAUGGACUGGACGAUCCGCGGCAGGAAGUACUACAUCGACCACAACACCAACACCACCCACUGGAGCCACCCGCUGGAGAGGGAGGGCCUGCCGCCGGGCUGGGAGAAGGUGGAGUCUGCAGAGUUCGGGGUCUACUACGUGGACCACAUCAACAAGAGGGCACAGUACAGGCACCCCUGUGCACCAAGUGUCCCUCGCUAUGACCAGCCUCCCCCUCUCCCCCCUCCUGUCACUUACCAGCCACGGCAGGCAGACCGCAAUCAGCCUGUACUGGUGCCGGCAAACCCCUACCACACCGCGGAGAUCCCAGACUGGCUGCAGGUCUAUGCCAGAGCGCCGCUCAAGUACGAUCACAUCCUGAAGUGGGAGCUGUUCCAGCUGGUGGAUCUGGACACGUACCAGGGCAUGCUGAAGCUGCUGUUCAUGAAGGAGCUGGAGCGCAUCGUCAAGUCCUACGAGACCUACAGGCAGGCCCUGCUCAGCGAGCUGGAGACGCGCAAGCAGAGGCAGCAGUGGUACGCCCAGCAGCACAGCAAGAACUUCACAGGAAACAUGUGAGAGGAGGAGGAGGAGGAGGAGGAGGAGGAGGAGGAGGAGGAGGAGGAGGACAUGGGCUUAAUCUCCCACUUCCACAGGUUCUUGGACUCAGGUGUUUCCACCUACACUUACCAGUGCGCUUUUAAAUAACUUGCCGUCCGUUUGUUUGGUUUCAGAUCUGUAACAAGGUUUGGGGUGAGGAGGGGUCCAGAUAGAUUGAGUUAGUGCCCCCACCACCCCACUGCACAUUCGAGGUAAUGUCGCUCUGAGAACUGAAGAUCACGGAGGAAGAAAGAGGGCAUCUUAUAAUCAUUUAUUUAUUGGCUGCAGGGUUGUAGACAAAUAAUAAUAAUACGAAUAAUACGCUGCAGCUUUGUCUUCAGGAGGCUGAGUUUUUUUUUUAAUUCCCUGUUAAGUGAUGGGCUGUGCGACUGUAUUAAUAAUGAAUAAGCUAGAGCAGGACAAGAACGCAUUUGUGUCUGCCCUAAAGGAGUGACUCUUACUCUGGACACCUGGACUGUCUGUUUCUACUUCUGUCUGUUUUAUGCCGCAAUGUUUUGUUUGCUUGCCUGUAGAUCACCUGUUUUAAUUAAGCAGCCUCCAUUGCUUGUUUUCAGUUGAACACUAAUGUUUGCCGAUUCUUGUUUGUGACGUGGGUCCUUGCGCUGCAGUGGGAAUAACUUCAUGAUGUUGCUUAGCAGCGAGCCAUUCCCAGCAGCUUAGUGAACCACUUUCUUAAAGCUCAGGUAGCCCCAAGGCUACAUUUGUAAGUAAAAAAAAAAAAAGAAUCCUGUUUGUUUCCAUCGAUAGCAGAUUUUUUAUUUUCUUUUUAGACCAUCUUUGACCGGUGUUUAACUUCCAGUUGCAGAUUGUAUUGGAUUUCAGCGUGGAACUUGAUGUGCUCUUAUUUACAACCGGCUUUCGUUCAUGGUGCAGAAGAGUUGAUCACUUACGGGAGUUAUUUUACAACCAAAGGAUUAAGACAUGGGAGACGAAACCUCAGCCCUUCCAGUCCAGGUCUUUGUUUCAACCACAGGGAUGGGAAAAAAAAAAAGACUAAAGAGGUAAAAGACUCCCAUUGCAUUGCAGUUUCAUCGAUUCCUGGUAUUACUAUGAGUUUAAUAAGACACACCUGUGCUUCCUGUACAAUGUGGCUAAUGUACAAGCAGGCUGUGUGGUCUAGUGGUUAAAGAAACAGGCUUGUAACCAGGAGGUCCCCAGUUCAAAUCCCACCUCAACCACUGACUCAUUGUGUGACCCUGAGCAAGUCACUUAACUACCCUGUGCUCCUUCUUUCGUCUGUGAUGCAUAGUUCACACACCCUAGUCUCUGUAAGUCGCCUUGGAUAAAGGCGUCUGCUAAAUAAACAAAUAAUCAAACUUGUAUUAAAACCUGGAAUGGGUGACACUGCUGUGCAACAGGAGUCUUCUUGCCAUCCCUGAACCAUGUUCUCAAUUAACUGCAAUCUAAUGAACUAUCUGUCCGUUGCAUUGCUACAAACAGUGCGUCCGUGUCGGUCCCGGGGUCAGUGCUGAAGCAGUCGUCUUGUUCAUUUGCUGGGAAGCUGUUCCACACCGGUGUGGUUACAGUGGACAUGCGCUGCAGCCUCCCAAAGCUACUCGGACAGUCUCCAACGUUUCAUCAUCCUGCAUCGAGUGUCAGCUUUGAAUCGGUACAUUGAGCUUUCAGAUGUCUAAAUUAGACUAGCAGCGCCCUGUUCAAACAGUGAUGUCCUGCACUGUGAGUACUCUCCAGAAAGCUCCAGGGAUAACAAGAACCUUCAUGAAUGAAGUCAGCAGACCAGCUGCCCAUACAUACUCCCUAAAUCCCAGACUCACGCUGGGGGCUCCUUAUAUUUUGUUACCUAUAAUGACAGAUUUAUUUUGUACAGAUAAUAUUUUCCUGUAAUUAUUUACAUACUGUUUUUUUUAUCCUAGAUCACGGGGGUGGGGAGGGGUGAGGGGUUGGAAUUGGGCUGUGCUCCCAGGAUCUUUUUAUUUAUUAAUUCCCUAUAGUGCAAUAUACAUGUGUGUAAACAUUAACCCUGCAAUAUCAUCUACCCAUGCCCUUUACUUUAUAUUAAACAAACAAAAAAAAAAGUUUCCCUUGAAA